UAUAAAAUAUAAGCGCUGUUGCUUUUUGAUUCGUUAGGUUAAUAAGAUUACUUUUGUCAUUGCUUGGCUUGUUUCUUCUUGAAUAUUGUGUUUGUGUGUCAAUUCUGGCAAAUCGCAAAAAAGAUAGCCUCAUAGAAUUUGGCCAAGCCUCAUAUAUCUAAUUACAAUUAUCUAACGGUGUAAAUAAAUUAAGAUUUGACAAAAUGUUAGUUCAUAAGAUUAAUGAAUGAAUGACUCUAGCAGUGAUACCGAAGCUACUGAGCAUACCGCACUAAUGGACGGGCAUAUAGCAGAAGCUCGGCCGGACAGAGAGAUAGCAGAAAGGAUAGCCAGAAAAAGAAAAACCAAAUCCGAAACACAGCGGACCUAUGGCAGUGUGGAACAAACUGAAGGGGCAGGAAGCAGUGCUGGUGGUUCAGGAUCAAACCCAGCUCCUCCAGUCCAGAAUGUGGAGCCUCAAAUGGAAGAGUUGGAACUCAAAUAUGGGGCCAGACAUGUCAUCAAACUAUUUGUGCCUGUUACAUUGUGCAUGCUUGUAGUGGUAGCUACCAUAUCGUCAAUCAACUUCUAUUCAGUGAAAGAUGUGUAUCUCGCUUACACACCUUUUCACGAGGAGAGUCCAUACGCUGUGACAAAAGUGUGGAAUGCUCUCGCCAACUCAAUGAUCCUGCUCUGCGUGAUAGCUCUCAUGACUGUGCUGUUGAUAGUGCUUUAUAAGAAACGGUGUUAUAAAAUCAUACAUGGGUGGCUGAUACUAUCUUCACUCAUGUUGUUGUUUUUAUUCUCAUACCUAUAUAUAGAAGAAGCUCUGAGAGCCUACAACAUACCGAUGGACUAUAUUACACUAUUAUUUGUGAUGUGGAACUUUGGAGUGAUGGGCAUGAUUGUUAUACACUGGAAGGGCCCACUGAGACUCCAACAAGCGUACCUGAUCUUCAUCGCCGCGUUAAUGGCGCUUGUCUUUAUAAAGUACUUGCCUGAGUGGACAACGUGGGCUGUACUUGCAGUCAUCUCUAUUUGGGAUUUAGUUGCUGUUUUGACACCAAAAGGACCAUUAAGAAUACUAGUUGAAACAGCGCAAGAAAGAAAUGAACCCAUAUUCCCUGCUCUUAUUUACUCAUCGACGGUGAUGUACUGCCUGGUGGCGACGGCGCCGAGCUCGCGGCCGCGCGAAGGUGAGCAGCGGCCGCGGGAACUGCGCCCGCUCAACCCGGGAGCGCGAUCUACCGGCGACACGGCGGCGUCUCCGUCGCGGGGCUCCGGCGACGCGGCGGCGGGCUUCGACGCCGCGUGGGGCGCGCGCGGCGCGGGCCCGAGCUCGCCGCCGCGGCGCCUGCGCGUCGAGGCCAGCGCCGCCUCCUACACCACGCGGGUCGACCGGCCGCCGCCCCAGCCCGAACUGGACGAAGAGAAGGGCGUGAAGCUCGGACUUGGCGACUUCAUAUUCUACAGCGUGCUGGUCGGCAAAGCCAGCUCGUACGGCGACUGGAACACCACGCUCGCCUGCUUUGUAGCUAUACUAAUUGGGCUGUGCCUGACACUACUACUACUAGCUAUAUUGAAGAAAGCGUUGCCCGCGCUCCCGAUUUCCAUUACCUUUGGGCUGAUCUUCUACUUCGCGACGCGGUCCGUCGUCAAGCCGUUUGCGGACGCGUUGGCCGCCGAGCAAGUGUUCAUUUAGCUACCGCUCAUGUCCCAACGCUGUCAUUAGAUAAAUUUAAAUUGAGACUCAUUAGACAAACAUUUAUACAGAUUGAUUUAUUCAGUGUAGAUAUCCUCAAGGGGUUAAAUGUUAUUCGGUUGUUAGAUUUAAAUAUCGGUCACGUUAAAAAAACAUAUUGCAGCCAAUAUUUUAAAUUGAUCACGAUCUUUAAUUGAUAAAAGAUUUGAUUAAGAAUUUAUUUAUUUUAGUGUGCUAGGUUAAAUUGUUUUUAAUCUUGUUUGAUGUUUAAAACAUACCGCUGAAUGAUCGGCUUUAUUUUGUUGUCUAUGAAAGGUAUCCUGUUAAACACGUGUAAUAUGACAAAAAAAACAGUAUAAAGAAAGUGGAACUGAAUACUUACUGUUUAUUUAUUCGUAUAAACAGAGUAGACUUAAAGUAACUUUUUAAUAAACGUUUGUUUAUUAAUGAACCAAAUGAGAAAAUUAUCCAAUCUGUUGAUAUCAUUAAGUAGAGUGCUUACAAUAGUCACUAAAACAAGCUCAUGUUACAGUUCCAACAUAUUUGUAGAUAAUAAGAAAAUAGAUGUUUGUGAAUAGGGUUACUAUACAAUGCAAUAAGUUUGAUAAACACCAAUAGAUAGUUUGUAGUGUACAAUGAAUUAACUAAUUGUAUACUUAUUUUGUGACAAAGUUGGUUUUAAUUGGAAAUGGGACUGCUUCCAUAACAAGAGGUCAUGUUGUCACGCAAUGUUGAUCGAUGACAAGGUGGUCGAUUUAUGAACGUUCAAGGCAUAUGUUUUAUCUACCUUCUCUUUUUACAUCUGUGGUAAACGUCAGAGAGACAGAGCGAAGAUAAGACAUUGCGUUGUCAACGUUUGCGAAUCGAACCCCAGCUCUCUCCCGUCACUAAACCCAAGUGGUAAAAAUAAUAUGUAGGUAGUAUGGAUGGUAAGUUUUUCACAAAAAUCUAAUUUGAACUGGUCGAUGAGGGAGAAAGGUUAUACAAUGGAGGAGGAACAUGAGACGAUAAUUCUUACUGAAUUUAGCCCGGCUAUUUUACUAGUCAUGAAUUUUGUUUUCUAUUGUCAAUAAAGAUGUCCAUGGGCCCAUAAAUAAAUAAAAAUAGAUACAUUCAUAUAGUCACGUCUAUAUUCCUUGCGGGGUACACAGAGCCAACAGUCUUGACUCCACGUUCAGCUUUUUGGCUUGAUGAUAGAAUUGAGAUUCAAAUAGUGACAGGUUACUAGUUGCUAGAACAUCGCCUAAAAGAAUAAUCUAAUAAACAGAUAUUUGAUUAUAAAUAGGUAAGCUUCUCAGCAUCUAAACUGAAUAAAGUCCAUUGCUGGUCGUAGACUCCCAAGGAUAUCCAGAAUUGAGCCUGAAUAACCAGUCGAAAGCAGGUCGGCAUCUUCACGUUUCAGGUGCUACUGGAAAUACGAACCACACAGACGUUGAAAUUGCUAAUAUUAAGUUUAAUAUCGUUAUUUGUCAAAACUGUAUAAUUUUUUGAUAAUUAUUUUCGUCGCCUCGUAUUCCUACGUCAUGGUUUGAUCAUAUAAAUGUUUGAGACCAUUUGAUAAUAUCUCACGCCGUUGAAAGUAUUAAUUUUGUUCAUUACUGACAUUCCAUUAAGUACUAAACAAUCGAACUUGUAAUUUCGUCAUUGAAAAUGUUUCUUUAAUACCUAUGUUUUAAUUUAAAGGAAAUGAAUAAAUCAUUUUGUAAUAAAA